CAGCCUGGUUUCUUUGGCCUCAGGGAGAGGGAUGGGGCCCCACGCAUCAACAGGAGCAGCUCUGGCCCCAUGUGGGCCUCUCUGAGGCCCUGGGUGAAGCCUGUGAUCCUGGACUCUGAGCAGACUCCCAGUGUCCAGCCCAGACAACUCACCCAGAGUCCUGCACACCCCUGGAGGCCGAGCUGCUGCAGAGAGUGCUCCUGAGCCACAGGGGCCAGCCAUGUGGAUAUGAGACCUGGAGGUGGUUGGGACUCCAUGAGAAGGAGAGCCAAAGGCUUAGGGAGGUGGAAAGAGCCCUGGACUAGGAGUCAGGAGGCCCAGGCCCUAGGUCCCUCUUUGCCAUGCAUUUGCUGGACUACUUUGGGCAGGUCCCCAUCCCUCCCUGGCAUCAGCCCCCGUCUCUGUACACAAAGAGAUUGGAGUUAGGUGAGUUCUAAGUUCCUUCCUGCUCUGAGCUUCUGACACCCCUGGUCCAUCUGGCAGGCAGUGAUUAUCCUGCCGAGAGUCAUCAGGAACUUGUAAGGGGCAGGAAGGACUGUGGGAUGUGCCACGGGAUUGUUUUAGGGCCAGCAGGUAGUCAAAUAUGAGUUUAAGGAACAGAAAGAACCAGUUGGCAUCCAGGCCAAGGAGGGCAGAGAAACCUGGAGGCUCCAGCCAACAGCUCAUGGAAGGAGAGCCUGACUCCCAGGUGAGGUCCUGCCCAGCCAGCUCCCUGCCAGAACAGGUGGCACGUCAGGGUGUGGGUAGCCGAGAGCCCACAGGUGCAGGCAGGUGAAUGGCUACACCUAUCUGGAAGGAAGCAAGCAGGGCAGCUGCCAAAGUCUCAUCCCAGCCAAGCGGGCACUUGCUGCCUGGUUCUCCAGGGCAGAGGGAAAAGUCAGGCCCUGGGAAGCCACACACACACUCUCCCAUGACACUGUGCCCAGCUGCCUGGAAGCUGCAGUCUCAAGGUGGCAAGCUCCUUGUACCCACUGAGCAGUCACCCAGAGGCCUCCCUGGCCCUCCCUACCCUCCUCUGAGCCUACUCCAGACCCUGCCCUUUCUCCUUUCCCCGAUCAAAACUGCUCGGCUCUCUAUCCCAUUUAGCAACCACUCCAUACAUUCCAUAGCACCUGGUAAUUUUCAAACAGUCCUCAUCCUAUUCAGCCUUCCCAUUUGCAUAGUGCCCCCAGUUUGCAGAACACAGGGCAGGGUAAGGAGGAUGAUCCCCAUUUUAACUUGCCUGAGGCUGCAUGCCUAGCCAGUGGCAGGGUUCCUUCUGCACCGCAUGCUACAUUUCUUCCAUAGGAAUGAGUAAUCCUGGCCCUGCGUGCCUCACAGCUACCACGUAGGGUGUGAUGCAGAUGGAAACUGAUGUGUUAAAGGGCUGAGCGCUGCAAUGUGUCAUAGAGAAGGCGCCUUCUGCGGUUCCAGAUACUGGGCAAGUUAGCAUGCAGGUGCCAGCCCUAGCCCUCCACACUGUGAGACAGCUGGCUCCAGGGAGCGAGGGUCGGCCUGCAUGUCCAGAAAGGCACGGAUGGAGGCAUUUGUCCUGGGCUCUUCUCCUGCUGGCCUCCCUCCCCAACCCACCUGGACCAGGAGGAAGGGUUUGGGCACCUCUGCCUCCACUUCAGAGAUGGAGCUAGCUGCUUAGCAGCCUGCCUUCUGCCCUGCUCUGCCUUUAGUCAUGAGAGGUGAGCCUGCAGGGAGUAACUCCCGCAAUAGUCUCUGCUUUCCAGUCCCUUCCUUUCCUGAGUUGUUUCAGAACCCAGAGCAGGGGAAGACUAAUUAAGGAGUAAGGUCUGCCUCAACCUUCACCCUUUAAUUGGAAGAGCCAGGCUGACAGUGUCCCUCCGUUGUAGCCCCACAGGCCAGAACCAGCCUCCCAAGGUGGCCCUGGGAGUAGGGCACUUACCCUCCCAAUGUCUCCCUUUCUCCAACAAAGACACAAUCUGUAUGUUUCAUACUGAGAGAGAACAACAAAAAGCAGAUGAAAGGACCCAGAUCAACUUCACGGUGGCCAUUGAUUUCACAGCCUCCAACGGGAACCCCUCGCAGUCCACGUCCCUGCACUACAUGAGCCCCUACCAGCUGAACGCCUAUGCGCUGGCGCUGACCGCCGUCGGGGAGGUCAUCCAGCACUACGACAGCGACAAGAUGUUCCCUGCCCUCGGCUUUGGGGCCAAGCUGCCCCCUGACGGCAGGGUGUCUCACGAGUUCCCACUGAAUGGCAACCAGGAGAACCCCUCGUGCUGUGGCAUCGAUGGCAUCCUGGAGGCCUACCACCACAGCCUGCGCACUGUGCAGCUUUAUGGCCCCACCAACUUCGCCCCAGUGGUCACCCAUGUGGCCAGGAACGCGGCUGCGGUGCAGGACGGCUCCCAGUACUCGGUGCUGCUCAUCAUCACAGACGGCGUCAUCUCGGACAUGGCGCAGACCAAGGAGGCCAUUGUCAACGCUGCCAAACUGCCCAUGUCAAUCAUCAUCAUUGGUGUUGGCCAGGCGGAGUUCGACGCCAUGGUGGAGCUGGAUGGUGAUGACGUGCGGAUCUCCUCCCGGGGGAAGUUGGCCGAGCGGGACAUUGUCCAGUUCGUGCCCUUCAGGGACUACGUGGACCGUACGGGCAACCACGUGCUGAGCAUGGCGCGCCUGGCCCGUGAUGUGCUGGCUGAGAUCCCUGACCAGCUAGUGUCCUACAUGAAGGCACAGGGCAUCCGCCCACAGCCCCCACCAGCGGCCCCGGAGCGCUCGCCCCCGCAGUCCCCAGCCCGCACGCCCCCUGCCUCCCCGCUGCACACGCACAUCUGAGCCAGGCCUUCCGCAGGCAGGGGGCUGGGGUGCGGGGAGGCUGGUAGAAGGGUAGGCAGGGUCCCCAGGCCCUCCUGCAGUCUGCCUCACCCAGCCUUUGGAACGUGUGCCUGGGAGGCCAGCAGGGGCCAGGGCCUCUGGAGACUGCUCCCCAGUUUCCUGGCCUCACUUGAGGCCCAAACCCAGGUGGUGGAGGUGGGGUUCUGGACUUCUGCUCUUCUCUUCUUCCCCUAACAUCUGGUUCUUGCCCAGCCAGGGAGGUGUUAAUAAUCAGGGUGAUUGGGGUCCCUCUCAGCCCACCUGGGAGAUCCCGUAUGUGGCUCUGGAGCUUGGGCUGGGCCUCCCUCCCCUUGACCUCUUCUCCUUCCCCUCCUCCUUUGGUGUCUACUUUAACACCCGGUCCCUGCCCCCCACUCUGGUAUCUGUUCUGUCCCUAGUUCCACUGAAUCCCGUGAGGCUGAUGGGUUUGCAGUAACGCCAAAACAUGUGACCCAGGGACACUCACACGCAAUGGGGGCCCUGCAGACCCCUGAAGGGGAGGCUGUGAGGGUGCACUGUUGGCCACACGACGGGCUAGGAAUGGAGGCUUCACAGGCACCGAGACCUUUUUUGUGACUCUUGAGCCCAGUGUGGCGCAGGUUCUAGACACACAGAUCCCAGGCCUCUCCCUGGUAUGGGCCCACAGGAACCUGCACAGUUGCCUCCUGGCACCAGGCAUCCCCUCCUGCCGCAGAGCUGCUCAGGGUCCUUAGUGCCCCCUCAUCUGCUGCCUGCCUGGAGGCCGGGGCAAGGAGCAGCCCAGCUCCAGUCCUCCCAUUCUGGCCCUCUGUCCCACAGGAACAGGAGACACUCCCUCUGUCCCCCGGGCUCAAGCCCUUCUGCCAGCUCCUGCCUGCUGUGGGAACCCAGAUAAGGCCCUUCUGCCUUCUGGGUCUCAGUUUCCACACCUGAAAGGCAAGAGGGUUGACCAGAUGGUCCUGGAUUUACCUUCAGCUCUGAUGUCCUGAGAGUCCAUUCAUCCUGUGCCCCACUUCCCCCGUCCCACUCCUCACCAGUGCAACCACUCUCCCAGGCCCUCUUGGGUCUUAGGGUCACCCUGUUUCAUCCUAUCACCCCCAGUUCACCCUCAUCCUCUAGUCUUGGGCCCUGGCGUCUGAACCCGAGCCCCUGCCCCUGCUGUGGGAAAGGUGAGAAAGGAGAUCUCACCCUGGGCCCACUCAGCUGCCCAGCCUUCACCCACCUGGGGAGCAGGUCCUGCAUGCCAGUCCCUCCAGCCGCAUGGGUCUUCACAGCCCACUGAACCUCCUGUGCCCGGUGGAGACCAGGCUCCCCCCCGUCUGCUGCCCGACAGCACCUCCCUUCCUGUCAUGCAUGAUGGUGGUGUUUCUAUGCUGUCUGGUCCCGUGCCCAUCUCUGAGACAGUCUCUGUGUGGAAUUUGCCUUAAACUGAAGUAAAUUUAGUUCUUUU